CCCCCCCGCCCUCCGCCACCGCCUCCGGAGCCGCGUCCCGUCCUGUCCAGUCCCGUCCCCGGCGCGGCCCGCGCGCUCCUCGCCGCCUCUCCUGCGCCAUGGCCGGCCCAGGCCCGUCCCGCCCGGGCGCGCUGCGGCCGCUACUGCUGCUCCUGGUGGUGGCCGCGCGCGUCCUGCCCGGCGCCGGCGGGACGUGCCCGGAGCGCGCGCUGGAGCGGCGCGAGGAGGAGGCGAACGUGGUGCUCACGGGCACGGUGGAGGAGAUCCUGAACGUGGACCCGGUGCAGCACACCUACUCCUGCAAGGUCCGCGUCUGGAGGUACCUGAAGGGCAAAGACCUGGUGGCCCGGGAGAGUCUGCUGGACGGCGGCAACAAGGUGGUGAUCAGCGGCUUUGGAGACCCCCUCAUCUGUGACAACCAGGUGUCCACUGGGGACACCCGGAUCUUCUUUGUGAACCCUGCACCCCCGUACCUGUGGCCGGCUCACAAGAAUGAACUGAUGCUCAACUCCAGUCUCAUGCGCAUCACUCUGCGGAACCUAGAGGAGGUGGAAUUCUGUGUGGAAGACAAACCUGGGACCCACUUUACCCCAGUGCCUCCGACGCCUCCUGAUGCGUGCCGGGGGAUGCUGUGCGGCUUCGGCGCCGUGUGCGAACCCAGCGCAGAGGGGCCGGGACGAGCGUCCUGCGUGUGCAAGAAGAGCCCGUGCCCCAGCGUGGUGGCGCCGGUGUGUGGCUCGGAUGCCUCCACUUACAGCAACGAGUGCGAGCUGCAGCGGGCGCAGUGCAGCCAGCAGCGCCGCAUCCGCCUGCUCAGCCGCGGGCCCUGCGGCUCCCGAGACCCCUGCUCCAACGUGACCUGCAGCUUCGGCAGCACCUGCGCGCGCUCGUCCGACGGGCUGACGGCCUCGUGCCUGUGCCCCGAGACCUGCCGGGGCGCCCCCGAGGGCACCGUGUGUGGCAGCGACGGCGCUGACUACCCCGGCGAGUGCCAGCUCCUGCGCCGCGCCUGUGCCCACCAGGAGAACGUCUUCAAGAAGUUUGACGGCCCCUGCGACCCCUGCCAGGGCGCCGUUGCCGAGCUGAGCCGCAGCUGCCGCGUGAACCCACGCACGCGGCGCCCCGAGAUGCUUCUACGGCCCGAGAGCUGCCCUGCCCGGCGGGCGCCAGUGUGUGGGGACGACGGUGUUACCUACAAAAACGACUGUGUCAUGGGCCGAUCGGGGGCCACCCGGGGCCUCCUCCUGCAGAAAGUGCGCUCCGGCCAGUGCCAGCCUCAAGACCAGUGUCCGGAGCCCUGCCCGUUCAAUGCCGUGUGCCUCUCCCGCCGUGGCCGCCCCCACUGUUCCUGCGACCGUGUCACCUGUGACGGGGCCUACAGGCCUGUGUGUGCCCAGGAUGGGCACACGUAUGACAAUGAUUGCUGGCGCCAGCAGGCUGAGUGCCGGCAUCAGCGUGCCAUCCCCAGCAAGCACCAGGGCCCGUGUGACCAGGCCCCGUCCCCGUGUGUCGGGGUGCAGUGUGCAUUUGGGGCGACGUGUUCGGUGAAGAAUGGGCAGGCGGCGUGUGAAUGCCGGCAGGCGUGCUCGGGCCUCUAUGAUCCCGUGUGCGGCAGCGACGGUGUCACCUACGGCAGCGUGUGCGAGCUGGAGGCCAUGGCCUGCACCCUCGGGCGGGAGGUCCGGGUGGUGCGGAAAGGACCCUGUGACCACUGCGGGCAGUGCCGCUUUGGAGCCCUGUGUGAGGCUGAGACCGGGCGCUGUGUGUGCCCCUCCGAAUGCGUGGCUUUGGCCCAGCCCGUGUGUGGUUCCGACGGGCACACGUACGCCAGCGAGUGCAUGCUACACGUUCACGCUUGCACUCACCAGAUCAGCCUGCAUGUGGCCUCAGCUGGACCCUGCGAGACCUGUGGACAUGCCGUGUGUGCUUUUGGGGCUGUGUGCUCUGCGGGGCAGUGCAUGUGUCCCCGGUGUGAGCACCCCCCACCUGGCCCUGUGUGCGGCAGCGACGGUGUCACCUACGACAGCGCCUGUGAGCUACGGGAAGCCGCCUGCCGGCAGCAGAAGCAGAUUGAGGAGGCCCGGGCAGGGCCGUGCGAGCAGUUGGAGUGCGGCUCCGGAGGCUCUGGCUCUGGGGAAGAUGGUGACUGUGAGCAGGAGUUGUGCCGGCAGCGAGGUGGCAUCUGGGAUGAAGACUCGGAGGAUGGGCCAUGCGUCUGCGACUUCAGCUGCCAGAGUGUCCCAGGCAGCCCGGUGUGCGGCUCAGAUGGGAUCACCUAUGGCACCGAGUGUGACCUGAAGAAGGCCAGGUGCGAGUCACAGCGGGAGCUCCAUGUGGUGGCUCAGGGAGCCUGCCAAGGCCCCACCUUCGCCCCGCUGCCACCUGUGGCCCCCUCUCACUGUGCCCAGACACCCUACGGCUGCUGCCAGGACAAUAUCACCAUGGCCCGGGGCGUGGGCCUGGCUGGCUGCCCCAGUGCCUGCCAGUGCAACCCCCAUGGCUCCUACGGCAGCACCUGUGACCCAGCCACAGGCCAGUGCUCCUGCCGCCCCGGCGUGGGGGGCCUCAGGUGUGACCGCUGUGAGCCUGGCUUCUGGAACUUCCGAGGCAUCGUCACUGAUGGCCACAGUGGUUGCACACCCUGCAGCUGCGAUCCCCAGGGCGCCGUGCGGGACGACUGUGAGCAGAUGUCCGGACUGUGCUCCUGCAAGCCCGGGGCGGCUGGGCCCAAGUGCGGACAGUGUCCAGAUGGUCGUGCCUUGGGCCCUGCGGGCUGUGAAGCUGAUGCCUCUGCACCCGAGACCUGUGCGGAGGUGCGCUGUAAGUUUGGUGCGCUGUGCGUGGAGGACUCCGGCUCAGCCCACUGUGUCUGCCCGAUGCUCACCUGUCCAGAGGCCAAUGCUUCCAAGGUCUGCGGGUCAGAUGGAGUCACGUACGGCAACGAGUGUCAGCUGAAGACCAUUGCCUGCCGACAGGGCCUGCACCUCUCUAUCCAGAGCCUGGGCCCGUGCCAGGAGGCUGUUGCUCCCAGUACUCACCCGACAUCUGCCUCUGUGAUCGUGACCACCCCAGGGCUCCUGAGCCAGGGACUGCCAGCCCCUCCCAGCGCCCUCCCCCUGGCUCCUAGCAGUACCACACACAGUCAGACCACCCCUCCGCCCUCAUCGAGACCUCGGACCACCACCAGCAUCCCCAGGACCACUGUGUGGCCUGUACCCCCCACGGCACCCUCCCCUGUACCCAGCCUCGUGGCAUCUGCCUUUGGUGAAUCUGGCAGCGCUGAUGGAAGUGAUGACGAGGAACUGAGCGGGGACCAGGAGGCCAGUGGGGGUGGCUCUGGGGGCCUCGAGCCCUUGGAGGGCAGCAGCGUGGCAACCCCUGGGCUGCCCAUUGAGAGGGCUUCCUGCUACAAUGCCCCUUUGGGCUGCUGCUCGGAUGGGAAGACGCCCUCGCUGGACGUGGAGGGCUCCAACUGCCCCGCCACCAGGGUGUUCCAGGGCAUGCUGGAGCUGGAGGGCGUCGAGGGCCAGGAGCUGUUCUACACACCAGAGAUGGCCGACCCCAAGUCUGAGCUGUUCGGGGAAACAGCCAGGAGCAUCGAGAGCGUGCUGGACGACCUCUUCCGAAAUUCAGAUGUCAAGAAGGAUUUUCGGAGUGUCCACCUGCGGGACCUGGGGCCUGGCAGAUCCGUCCGUGCCAUUGUGGAUGUGCACUUUGACCCCACCACGGCCUUCAGGGCCCCCGACGUGGGCCGGGCCCUGCUCCGGCAGCUCCAGGUGUCCAGGCGCCGGUCCUUGGGGGUGAGGAGGCCACUGCAGGAGCAUGUGCGGUUUAUGGACUUUGACUGGUUUCCUGCGUUUUUCACCGGGGCCACGUCGGGAGCCAUUGCUGCAGUAGCCACGGCCAGAGCCACCACUGCGUCCCGCCCCCCGCCCUCUGCUGUGACCCCUCGGGCCCCACACCCCGGUCACACAAGCCGGCCCAUCAGCAAGACCACAGCAGCUCCCACCACGCGUCGGCCCCCCACCACUGCCCCCAGCCAUGUGCCUGGAUACCCACCUCUGCCCCCAGCCCUCCAGCAACCUCCCAAGCCCUGUGACUCGCAGCCCUGCUUACACGGGGGAACCUGCCAGGAUGGGGCCUUAGGCGGGGACUUCACCUGCAGCUGCCCGGCAGGCUGGGGCGGCGCUGUCUGUGAGAGGGUGCUGCACGCCCCUGUGCCGGCCUUCGGGGGCCACUCCUUCCUGGCCUUCCCUACUCUCCGCGCCUACCACACGCUCCGCCUGGCGCUGGAAUUCCGGACACUGGAGCCUCAGGGACUACUGCUGUACAAUGGCAAUGCCCGGGGCAAGGACUUCCUGGCAUUGGCCCUGCUAGACGGCCAUGUGCAGCUCAGGUUUGACACAGGUUCAGGGCCUGCGGUGCUGACCAGUGCAGUGCUGGUAGAUCUGGGGCGGUGGCACCGACUGGAGCUGUCACGGCAUUGGCGCCGGGGUACCCUCUCAGUGGAUGGGGAGACCCCCGUUCUAGGCGAGAGCCCAAGUGGCACCGACGGCCUCAACCUGGACACAGAUCUCUUUGUGGGCGGUGUACCUGAGGACCAGGCUGCUGUGGUGCUGGAACGGAUCUUCGUGGGCACUGGUCUGAGGGGCUGUAUCCGUUUGCUGGACAUCAACAACCAGCUCUUGGAGCUCAGCGUUGGGCCUGGGGCUGCAGCCCAAGGUUCUGCCGUGGGCGAGUGUGGGGACCACCCCUGCCUGCCCAACCCUUGCCAUGGCAGGGCCCCAUGCCAGGCCCUGGAGGCUGGAAGGUUCCGCUGCCUGUGCCCGCCCGGCCACUUCGGACCGACCUGUGCUGAGGAGAAGAACCCUUGCCAGCCCAACCCCUGCCACGGCGCAGCACCAUGCCAUGUGCUGCCCGAGGGUGGUGUCCAAUGCCAGUGCCCCCUGGGACAGGGGGGCACCCUCUGCCAGACAGUCUCAGGGCAGGACGGCUCCCGGCCCUUUCUGGCUGACUUCAACGGCUUCUCCCACCUGGAGCUGAGAGGCUUGCACACCUUCGCCCGGGACCUGGGGGAGAAGAUGGCACUGGAGGUGGUGUUCCUGGCACGAGGCCCCAGCGGCCUCCUGCUCUACAACGGGCAGAAGACGGAUGGCAAGGGGGACUUUGUGUCACUGGCACUGCAGGACCGCCACCUGGAGUUCCGCUAUGACCUGGGCAAGGGGGCAGCAGUCAUCAGGAGCAAGGAGCCCGUCACUCUGGGCACCUGGACCAGCGUCUCACUGGAGCGAAAUGGCCGCAAGGGUGCCAUGCGUGUGGGUGAUGGCCCCCGCAUGCUGGGCGAGUCCCCGAAAUCCCGCAAGGUUCCACACACAGUCCUCAACCUGAAAGAGCCGCUCUACGUAGGGGGAGCUCCCGACUUCAGCAAGCUGGCCCGUGCUGCUGCGGUGUCGUCUGGCUUCAGCGGCGCCAUCCAGCUGGUGUCCCUGGGAGGCCUCCAGCUGCUCACCCCGGAGCAUGUGCUGAGGCAGAUGGACGUCACAUCCUUUGCCGACCACCCCUGCACCCGGGCCUCAGGCCACCCCUGCCUCAAUGGAGCCUCCUGCGUCCCGAGGGAGGCGGCCUAUGUGUGCCUGUGUCCAGGGGGAUUCUCAGGACCACACUGCGAGAAGGGGCUGGUGGAGAAGUCGGCGGGGGACCUGGAUGCCCUGGCCUUUGACGGGCGGACCUUCAUUGAGUACCUCAACGCUGUGACCGAGAGCGAACUGGCCAAUGAGAUCCCAGUCCCCAAAACUCUGGAUUCCGGGGCCCUUCACAGCGAGAAGGUGUUGCAGAGCAACCACUUUGAACUGAGCCUGCGCACGGAGGCCACGCAGGGGCUGGUUCUUUGGAGCGGCAAGGCCACGGAGCAGGCAGACUACGUGGCGCUGGCCAUUGUGGACGGACAUCUACAGCUGAGCUACAACCUGGGCUCUCAGCCCGUGGUGCUGCGCUCCACUGUGCCCGUCAACACCAGCCGCUGGCUGCGGGUCGUGGCACACAGGGAGCAGAGGGAAGGUUCCCUGCAGGUGGGCAAUGAGGCCCCGGUGACCGGCUCCUCCCCUCUGGGUGCCACGCAGCUGGACACCGAUGGAGCCCUGUGGCUUGGGGGCCUGCCGGAGCUGCCUAUGGGCCCAGCGCUGCCCAAGGCCUACGGCACGGGCUUCGUGGGCUGCCUUCGGGACGUGAUGGUGGGCCAGCACCCACUGCACCUGCUAGAGGACGCUGUCACCAAGCCGGAGCUGCGGCCCUGCCCUGCUGCGUGAGCUGGCACCAGAGCUCCCACUCCCCGCUAUAAUUAUUUUCUAUUUUUGUAAACUUGUGGCUUUUUGAUAUGAUUUUCUUGCCUGCGUGUUGGCCGGAGGGACUGCUGGCCCGGCCUUCCUUCCGUCCAGGCAGCUGUGCUGCAGACAGACCUGGUGCCGAGGGACAUGCGGGCAAGGUGGCAGCGUGGAGGGCUGGGCAUGGAUGGCAGCCUCAGGACGCACCCCCUGCCUCUGGGCACCGAGCCCCUGCCUUGCACUGUGCCUCCCCCAUGGCGUCCCCGCCUGCCGGGAAGCAGCCGAGGCUCCCGAGUCACCCUCACUCCGUCUGGCUGUGAGGUCUGAUGGGGCCCUUCCUCCGGGUGCCCGCACGGGGCUUUCCGAGCUCCCAUUUGAUCUGCUUCUCCCUGUGUGUGCUCUGGGCCAUGGCUGGCCUUUUCCCGGGCUGGCUAGACCCCAGGGCCCGGCCCUGCCUGGGCCUCCAGGGCCAAUACUGUGACUUAAAAACAAUGUUACUGCUGGCCAGCUCCAAAGUCCCGCCCCUGCUGCCUGCUCCAGCCCCAGUAAGCAGAGGCCAGACCAGAGCCGACCUGGGUGCUGUGACCCUCAGCUCACCCCGCCCAGCCACCCAGCCACCCUGGAUGUGGCCGUGUCCCUCUGCCACACCCCAGGCCCUGUGAGGAGCCACUGAGCAGAGCCCCUGUAGGAUGGGGUUGGCCUCUGCUGCCUGCCUGGGCAUCUGGGCCUGGCCACCUGCCGUGUUCUUCAUGUGUUUGUUCAUUUGACCCCUGGAGUGGUGGGUCCCAUCCUUCCCGUGUCAGCUGAGAGUGGCUGACGGUUGCCUCACUGCAAAUCCUCCCUCCAGUGCCAGGGAUGGUCCCCUUGUCUCAGAAUGACCCGGGCCAGCUAGCGUCUGACCAACGUCAAGGGGCAGGUGCAGGUGCAGGGGUGGCAGGGAUGGCUCUGAAGCCAGAAAUGCCUUAAACUGCAACGCCCCAUCCUGCCCACCUCCAGCCCCAGCCCCAGCCCAGUCCUCUUAGGAGCAGGACCAGAUAAAGCGGCAGCGGGAAGGCUGGGCACCAUGUUACUAACUCCAGUACAUUUCUGUCAAUCGCUGUGAAAUAAAGUCUGAAAACUUUAAAA